AUGGCAGAAGAGAAAUGGUUAGUUUCCCAUGGCUGUAUAAAACACCGCAACUCUGCCCCAUUCCCUCUCGGUCUGCCCUCCCAUGAGGUCCCCAAAACGUCGACCAUUUCGCCAUACCACCACCUUCUGACGCAAAGAUCCCCAACUCGAGUUGUCUGUGGAGAGGACGGAGGAGGCAGUAGCGAUGGCCGUCUUCACUUUGGUCGCCGCCUGAGCAACUUCGUGCUCAAGAUUGUGUCAACUAGCGCGAAAUCACCGACGAAUGACAAUAAUGCCCGACAUGAAACAGCUUCGACAGCCGUGCCAACCGACGAAAACAUGCCAUAUUCGCCGAACUGGCUCAUGGAGACACCGGCAACAGGGUCGAAAAGCCUUGCCAGACUGACACAGGUGAUCGGGUUUGACAAGCAAAUUCCCCUUACAGAAGGUGUGCUGGGCUCUUCAGCCGAAUCCAGUAUCCCCGAGAUGCCAGAGGUGGAUAUCGAAGACAGGCACAAUCAAGUCAAGGCAAUGCCUCAGUUCUGUAGGACGAACUCCGUCUUCAAUGCGCCGAGGAGGUUGUCAGGUCGCAUUAUGGCCCAUGAUUCAUCGCGAUUGGGUUGCUACAGUGAGUCGGCUUCUGCAGCCUCUUUCGGCGCUUUAUGGAACAAGACCUCGUCUGGUCAGAUCCGGCGAGAGUCUCAAAGCCCAUUGGAGCUACAGGGGCUCCAGAGUCUGGGCCCUGGAGCUGGCCGACUCGAACAGAGGCUACAGCAAUUGCGCGAUCAGGCUGCGUGUCUGGUAGAGGCGCUGCAAGCGCUACAUCGCGACUAUAUGGCAUGCAAGCAACGCUUUCUCAUUUUUCAUCCGUUCAAGCGUAUUUUUGAGCUGGAAGAGGCGAUAAAGCGAGCCAUCAAAGUGGUGAACGCAGUCAAGGAGAUGAAGAUAGAAGCAAGAAAGUUGUCAUUGUCGCCAGGGGACCCAGAUAAGAGGUAUGAAAUACAUCGCCCAUUUUUAACAGAAUCCUACACCUUCCCAAGUUUGGUAAUAAAACGCGAAAAGACUGCAUUGAGUUUCUAA